GCUUGCGAAGCUUUCUCCUGUGUCUUCUCUUCCCGCCAGGCCGAUCAACCCCAGCGAAAUCUCAUCCAUAGUGCGCCGACGAUGAUCCGAGCAGUCAUUGUGAUGAACACCCAGGGCAAACCCCGGCUCACCAAGUUCUAUGACUUCCAGCCGCCAGAGAAGCAGCAGGAGAUGAUCCGUAAGGUUUAUGGAGUUUUGUGCAAUAGACCAGAGAAUGUCAGCAAUUUCAUUCAAGCUGAUGAUAUCUUCGGCCCUGAUUGCAAGAUCGUGUACAAGCAUUUAGCAACUCUCUAUUUCAUCUUUGUAUUUGAUAGUUCCGAGAAUGAACUUGCUAUGCUUGACCUUAUACAAGUCUUUGUCGAAACACUUGACAGAUGCUUCAAGAAUGUUUGUGAGCUCGACGUUGUUUUCAAUUUUAACAAGAUGCAUACUAUAUUGAAUGAGAUAAUUCUCGGAGGGCAGGUGCUGGAAACAAGUUCGGAAGAAGUGAUGAAAGCUAUCGAGGAGGUAUCGAGGCUUGAAAAAUCUACGUCCGCAGUGAGUCUGAUCCCCAAGGCUGUUUCAGGAAAGCUCGGGCGAUAAGUAUCUUCGAUCAGCGAACUAGUGUGUGUGUGUGUGUGUGUGUGAGGCAUCUGUUUUGAUGUCUUCUGUCUUGGCAUUUGAAUUUUGUUUAUUGCUCUUUAAUGUGUAUGUUUGCAGAACAGGAACUCUUUAUGUAAAAUUGGAUGCCAGUAAUGGUUUUGGUUGUUGAUUUUAUUAGUUUUGAACCAGAGCAUGCAAGUUCUAGGUGCUUUUCCAUU